GGAGCCCUGAGUUUAAAACCAACACAAACUCUCUGCUCUGGACAGGACCUCCUCUGCUCCACGUUACCAUGAGGGUCCUCUGUCUCGUGCUCCUGUGUGCUGCUGUGUGCUGUGGCCAAUUGCGGGUGUUUAACCUGAGGGCCAAGGGUCUCCCGCAAGACAGUCUGGGUAUUACUGACGGGUAUGUCCGGGUCAUCUGUCGGAAUGACCUGGUGGGACAGACGUCUGUGAGGAAGAACACCGUUGACCCCUGGUGGAAGGAAGAGUUCAUGUACUACUCAGCCGUGGAGAACUCCACCCUCAAACUGGAGGUCCACGACGAGGACCUGAUCUGGGACGACCUGGUGGGGACUUGCCUGUCCCAAGUCCAGUUUGGGACCCACCAGAAUCAGUGUGCGCUGGAGAAGGGAGGCAUGCUGUACUACGACUACACCCUCAGCUAGACUACAGAGCUGGACACUCAGCGAGGCUCUCCACAGGGACGUCACAGAAUAAAACACUGGUUUUAAGCCAA